CGCCUUGAACUCCUAUCUAUUUCUUUACUAAUAUCUGUUACUUCAAGCACAAGAAUUUGGCGGAGCCCAACCCAACCGACUUCAACAUUCUUGAUCUUUCUUUUUUAAAUUUCCUUGGCGGCUCAAAAGAAUAAUCUCCUUGUUUCCCACAGUAGAAUUUACCUUAAUAUAUUACGUACACUCUUCGAAACGAAAAGUACUAGUGCCACCCGAGGAUGAUUGUGUUUAGUUCGUUCUGUCUCUGAGAAGCUGCACCUACGUAAGUAAAUUAUAAGGCAAUUAAUAUAGGGUGGUUUACAGUUUACAUGCGAAUGCCAAAGGUGGCGGAAAAGCGCGAGCGUACGAGGGUUGGAGAAGUCGAGGAGACACAGCAGGUUGAUGAAUUGCUCUUCUACGAACCUAAUUACCAGUACCCGACGACGACAGAAAGUGCAGCAAUAUUGGUGCCGAUGUUGUCAGAGGUUAGUCGGGAGAAGGAGAUGUCGGCGAUGGUGUCGGCUUUAACACAUGUUGUGUCGGGAGGAGAUCAGGUUCCUGUUGGUUUGAUUCGUGAUGAGUACUGCUCGGGUUUGAAUCCUAACGUGUCUGAUUCUCCUUAUUCAUGGCAUAUUGAUGGAGUUGGGCAGAAAAGAGGACGAGAUCAAGAGGAGGGUGGAGGAGUAGGAGAGCUGUGCGAACAGGUUUCGAGGCGGUUUAGAGCUUUUGGUGACUUCACACAUGGAGGAGGUUCAUCCUCUGGAGUGAGAGCUACAGAAAGCUCGAGUGUAGGAAGAAGCACAGGAACACAAACACGAACAGAAUUAACUCCAAAAUACGAAUACAGCAAAGAAAACUAUACAGAAGAACCAAGGAGAAGAUACAGGGGAGUGAGACAGAGACCAUGGGGAAAAUGGGCAGCCGAGAUAAGGGACCCAUUCAAGGCUUGCAGAGUGUGGCUAGGCACGUUCGACACAGCCGAAGCCGCUGCACGAGCCUACGACGAAGCAGCCCUCCGUUUCAGAGGCAACAAGGCCAAACUCAACUUCCCCGAGAAUGUCACGCUCCAGCAGCCAUCCGCCAAUUCUCCGUCGACCCAGUUGAUCAUUUCGGGUUCUCCAAAUACCCUUUCGGCCAUUCCAACAUCCACUGAUCCCAUUGUUCACUACCCUCAGGCACUUGAUCACUUUCAUGGCUCUGAUCACCAGCCUUCAAGAAAGUUCUUGGAUUAUUCGCAUCAGUUGGUUGAUUCUCAGAGGCAGGCCAUGAGCCCUUAUGAUCAGAUGGUUCUUUCAUCCUCAAUGGCUUCUCAUUUUCUAUUGUCUCCUUCGUCAAUAUCCUCUUCUUCGCUUGCUUCAUCUGUUUCUUCCUCCUCUUCUUCUUCUUCACCAACACCUUCAUUUUCCAUGUUUUUCCCCACUCAGACGGCCGUUCACCUUCGGCCGGUCACAUCUCAUAGUGCCGGCCCAGAUUUUCCAGCACCAGCUUGGUCAGAUCCUGGUCACCGUAAAUCUCCCUCCGAGUAAUUUUUCUUUGUUUUUCUUUUAAAUAAUAUUUGUCUUACUAGUAUAGAUCACUGAUAUUGGUACAAAUUUUAUUCGUUUCAAACUCUUUUUUUUUUAUUCAUUUCAAACCGAGAUUAAAGAAAAGUAAGCAAAUCUAUCGGUUGACCGGAUUUGA